GAAGUUGUCUUUGCUGCUGAUGCUGUCGGGCCUGCUGGCUGUUUCCUCCGCCGGCCUGCAGGACAUUGUGAAGAAGAGCGUCCAGAACAGAAAAGUUUCCUUGCUAAACCCAGAGCUGGAGGACCGGGUUCCUAAAGUGGGCAGCGGCCAUGUUGUGCCUGGUCCCCUAACGCCAGUGGGCUUGGAGCAGCAGCAGGACACACCUUCGUCCUUUGUCUUCGGUGAUAAUGUGAACCUGGAGUGGCUUACCUGGGAUGGCUCUCUGCCCAAUGGUGCCGUUGCCAUCUACAACAGCUACACAGAGCGAACCGACUACGUCUGCAAGUACAAGUGUGAGGCUGGUUUUUACAACCCCAGCCUUGGCCCGUACUGCCGAUACCCUUAUGGAGAUCGCGAGUACUACGCCCCUGAAUUUGAGAUCCUGGCCAACAAGGAUAACUUUGAGUUUCUUGAGUGGAAAGAAGAUUCUUAUGGUUCUGUGCCACAGCAUUCGGUGAGAACCUGUGCUGGCGUUGGCAUCUACGUUGGGAAGAACAAGUAUGGUCUCGGAAAGGUUGUUUCUCAGUUUGAGGCCUUCUUUCUGCCUUGGGAAGGUGAUGAGUACUGGUACAAAAAAUACCAGGUCCUGACCAUCAACAGGGACGCCUACACCCAGCACAUCACCGACGUCAAGUAUGGCAUUGACGAAGUUGCCCUCUUUCAGUAUCCUCCUGAGACCAUGCGCAUCUCCGGAGUCACCAACAAUGAGUGCCAGGCCAUCGAGAAAACAGUCACCAUCUCCAAGACCUCAGAGGUGGAGACCACCUGGAACAUCGGCCGAUCCACAAUGCUGGGCAUCACAGGAAGUAUCACAGCCAAGAUCCCUCUUAUCGGAUCCGCUGGCGUAGAGCUGAGUGGAGAGAAGACGCUGCAGUUCUCCAGAGGAACCACGGUGGUGGAGUCGCUCAGCCACUCCGUGUCCGUGGAGCUUUCAGUUCAACCGAACCACUCCUGCAAAGUCCGAAUGGAGGCGAGGAAGAUUAAAGCUGACAUCCCCUUCACUGCUCGGCUGAGCAGAACGUACCAGAACGGGGAGACCCAGUGGACCUCCAUCUCUGGGACCUACGAUGGAGUCCAGAUCGGAGAAGUCCGGGCCGUCGUGGAUCGUUGUGAACCUGUGGCUGAUGCUAAGCCCUGCCCCUGAAAGAGUGGAGACACCUUUAAAUGUUUGUGAUCGUUAUUCAAAUUAUUAUUCACAAUGAAAAACCUGUUGUACGCAUGUUGUUUGGCUGAAUAAAGAAGUGAAUAAUGUUUGUUUCUGGUGUCUGAAAAUGUCUUUUCAAGUCACAAAUAAAGUCAA